AUGACUACUUCCUCAUAUCCAGUUUCUAACCCAUUCAAAGUUGCCAUUGUUGGUUCAGGUAAUUGGGGUACUGCAGUUGCCAAAUUGGUUGCUGAAAAUGCUGCUGAAAAACCACAAUUCUUCCAAAAAGAAGUCCCAAUGUGGGUUUUCGAAGAAGAAAUCGAUGGUAAGAAAUUAACUGAAAUCAUCAACACUGAACAUGAAAAUGUUAAAUAUUUACCAGAAGUCAAAUUACCAGAAAACUUGGUUGCUAAUCCAGAUAUCGUCGACACUGUUAAAGAUGCCGAUUUGAUUGUCUUUAACAUCCCACAUCAAUUCUUAACCAGAAUCUUGAAAAACAUUGUUGGUAAAGUCAAGCCAACUGCCAGAGCUAUUUCCUGUUUGAAAGGUUUAGAUGUUUCCCCAGAAGGUUGUAACUUAUUAUCUACCACCAUUACCGAUACUUUGGGUAUCUACUGUGGUGUCUUGUCUGGUGCUAACAUUGCCAAUGAAGUUGCCAGAGGUAACUGGUCUGAAACUUCUAUUGCUUACACUAUUCCAAACGAUUUUAGAGGUAAAGGUGAAGAUAUCGAUGAAGUUAUUUUGAAAGAAGCUUUCCACAGACCAUAUUUCCACGUUAGAGUUAUUGAAGAUGUUGUCGGUGCUUCUAUUGCCGGUGCUUUGAAGAACGUUGUUGCUUGUUCCGUCGGUUUCGUCGAAGGUGCCGGUUGGGGUGACAAUGCUAAAGCUGCCAUCAUGAGAAUUGGUAUUAAAGAAACUAUCAGAUUUGCUUCUUACUGGCAAAAAUUCAAGAUCAGAGCUUUGGCUCCACCAAACCCACGUACAUUUACUGAAGAAUCCGCUGGUGUUGCUGAUUUAAUCACCACUUGUUCCGGUGGUAGAAAUGUUAAAGUUGGUAGAUACAUGAUUGAACACAGAGUCGAUGCUUUUGAAGCUGAAAGAAUCUUGUUGAACGGUCAAAGUUCUCAAGGUAUUUUAACUGCUAAGGAAGUUCAUGAAUUAUUACAAUACCACAACAUCCAAGACGAAUUCCCAUUGUUUGAAGCUACUUACAGAAUCAUCUAUGAAGGUGGUCUUGUUGAUGACUUGCCACAAUUGUUGGAACGUGAUUAA